GGGGAGGUACAGAAGAAAUCGUUUGACACUGAAACAUUAAAAAAAGGUCUCUGAGGCCUUGCAAAGGAGUCUUGACUCACACAGGGAGAAUUGGUUUGACUGUGUUCAUCUUAUUCAACCAGAAACCGCCCAAGAAGUGGAGGAAUAGAGCCUAGCCAGCUGGAUUUAAGAGGCUGAAAACCAUGUCUCUUCCCCGACAGCUGCGAGAAAAGAGUGAUUUUGACCAGCUUCCAGAUGAUGUACCUGUUUCAGCUAACAUUGCAGAUAUUGAAGAGAAGAAAGGUUUUACUAACUAUUAUAUGUUUGUCAUUGAAGUAAAGGUUAAAGGUGGUGGCAGAUACCUGAUUUUCCGACGCUAUCGACAAUUCUAUGACCUGCACACCAAACUAGAGGAGAGAUAUGGGGCAGAGAGCAAAACCGGCCCUUUUAGCUGCACGCUCCCCAUAUUGCCAGGAAAAGUUUAUGUUGGGGCCAAAAAGGAAAUUGCUGAGAACAGGAUUCCUAUCCUAAAUGCCUACAUGAAGAACCUACUCUGCCUACCCGUUUGGGUGUUGAUGGAUGAAGAGGUACGACUGUUCUUCUACCACUCAACCUUUGAUGGUGAACAGGUGCCUCACAGACUGAGACGGCUUCGCCCACGUACACGCCGAGUUAAAAGCAUUUCACCUCAGGUGUCUGGCUUUGACCGCAUGGCAGCCCCACGGGCUGAGGCACUGUUUGAUUUUUCUGGAACCAACAAACUGGAACUCAGCUUCAAGAAGGGAGACUUGAUAUAUCUACUCAGCAGAGUAAACAAAGAUUGGUUGGAGGGUACAGCUGGUGAUGCCACUGGGAUUUUCCCAUGUGCUUUUGUGAAGAUCAUAAAAGACUUAGCACAGCAGGAAGACACAGUUAAUAAAGUUCGUUGUUAUUACCAUGAUGAGACUGUGAGCACUAUCAGGGAUAUCUCAGUGGACGAGGAUCUGAGCAGCGUUCCAUCUUUCAAAGAUCUCAUGGAACUGAUGAGACGGGAGUUUGACCAAGAUGACAUUGUUUUGAAUUACCGGGACCGUGAUGGUGAUCUGAUCCGGUUACUCUCCGAUCAGGAUGUUGAAUUCAUGGUGUCUCAGAGCAAAAGAAGGCCCUCUGAGAAGCAUUUCUUCCCUUGGAAGUUGCACAUCACUCACAAAGAUGACUUGGGUGUCUACAACACCACUCCAGGAAUAGGUGCUGCUCAAACAGUAAGAGCAACGUAA